AGGAUGGAGAUUCUGUUGAACCAGUGGAUUUUGCAGGAGACGUACUGGUUGCCUAACGGUCUUACCUGGCGAGAUAUCGAAGAGUCAGGUGGACCGCGACAUCCUCUUCCUCGUGACCUGUUGCUCACACUCCCCCUAGCACUGGCCUUCGUCGCCAUACGCUACGCCUUUGAAAGGGUCGUAGCCCUUCCUCUCAGCAGAAAGCUGGGCGUGCGUGAUCGGAUCAGGGUUCGAGCCCCGCCUGUCCCAAAGCUGGAGGCAUUUUACCAGCAGAAGAAUAAACAGCCCACACAGAGUGAGAUCGUUAGCCUGGGAAAGCAGUGUGACCUAACGCAGAGGCAGAUUGAGUCAUGGUUCAGACACAGGCGGAACCAGGACCGGCCCAGUAACACCAAGAAAUUCUGUGAAGCCACAUGGAGGUUCGUUUUCUACCUCAUUGCUUUUGUGGCUGGCUUGGCCUCCUUGAUCGAUACACCCUGGUUCUGGGACCAUCGGGAGUGCUGGCGUGGUUACCCCAAACAACCGGUGACGGAGGCCCAGUUCUGGUACUACAUCCUGGAGCUGUCCUUCUACUGUUCCCUCCUGCUCUGCGUCUCUGUGGACGUCAAACGCAAAGAUUUUAAAGAGCAGAUCAUUCACCACAUUGCCACCAUUUUCCUGAUUGGUUUCUCCUACUGUGGUAACUUCGUGCGGGUUGGGACUCUUGUCAUGCUGGUCCACGACUCCUCAGACUUCCUGUUAGAGUCUGCUAAGAUGUUUAACUACUCUGGCUGGAGGAAAACCUGCGACACCUUGUUUGUCAUUUUCGCUGUGGUGUUUCUCGUCACUCGUCUUGUGGUCUUACCCACCAGAGUCAUCUACUCCACAGUAGUGCAGUCCUUGGACUUCUUUAAUCCAUUCCCUGGUUACUUCUUCUUUAACGGGCUCCUGCUGGUGCUACAGGCUCUGCACGUCUUCUGGGCGUGGCUGAUUCUCCGCAUGGUGUACAAGUUCGUGUUCCUGGGAAAGGUGGAGCGAGAUGAGAGGAGUGAUGAGGAGAGUGAGAUUGAGGAGGAGGGGGCACAGGAGGGCGGAGACCAGGGGGAGGACGAGAGUUGUUGGGAGCAUAGAAAAGGCACUCUCAACUCCAAACUGGUUUCUCUGGCCAACAACUGUGUCCUGAACAACCUGACCCACCAGAGACGGAAUCUGGACAGCAGGAUGCCCAAAGCCAGAUAG